UUUGCUCGCCUACUCUGCUAUCGUUGCCUCGAGGUAAGCCCUACGCCAUCUGCCCUCUUCUCCUCUUCGGUCCGUGUUUGAGAGCUUACCCUUAUCGUUAGGGAAAUAGCAACGGAUGAUGCAUUCCGCCACAACCCCGUCUCAAUUUCCGGUCACAUGGUAAGUCGGUUUUCUCGUUCUGAUAGUGCAAGUGGGAAAUCUGUGAGGAUUCAUCAUCGGCUGCCUUUUCCCAUAUCUGUCAAGUUGCAAAGGAUUAUGAUGAAAAGUAGUUCCUUUCCUACAAAUUCCAGUUUAAGUCUCGUAAAUGAAGAAAGGGGCCGGGUAGAGCAUAAAGUUGGUGAGCACGAUGCUGUGAUUAUUGUUGACCAUGGAUCUCGACGGCAAGAAUCUAAUCUUAUGCUAAACGAGUUUGUUGCAAUGUUCAAAGCUAGAACUGGUUAUCAGAUAGUUGAGCCUGCUCAUAUGGAAUUGGCCAAGCCAUCAAUCAACGAUGCAUUUAGACUAUGCAUGCAAAAAGGAGCCAAGCGUGUUAUCAUCAGUCCAUUUUUUCUUUCCCCAGGACGACAUUGGCUGCAGGAUAUCCCUGCGUUAGUAGCUGAUGCAUCCAAAGAGCACUCAGGCAUAUCCUAUAUCAUAACAGCACCUCUUGGUCUGCAUGAACUCAUGGUGGAUGUCAUGAAUGAUCGGAUAAAACACUGUUUGACCCAUGUAGCCGGUGAUGCAGAUGAGUGUUCUGUAUGUGCUGGAACAGGAAAGUGUCGUCUAUACCAAAACCAGUGAAAAGCAUACAAUUAAUAUCGAAUGGCUUGUUUCUUUUACCUCCUGAGGUAUGUAUAUUGUCAAUUUUUUGGAUAUCAAUGUGGUAUUUUUUUCUGUAGACAACACCAAGUUCAUCUGACGUACAUGA